UCCCCUCCCUCUCCUUCCUGCUUCAUCUCUUCAAGAAAGUGAACAUAAAGUAAAAACACGGAGAGGGAGAGGCAGAGAGAGAAAAAGCUCCCUGAAGAGGGAAGCCCCAGCAGCCAGUAGCUGUUUGGAUUUGCCUGGCACUGCCUUUCUUGCUUUGCUCCCAAGGAAUACCUUUAAUGGGAUCAAUUGCUUCAGUUCCUUUAUAACCAAGUCCACCGGAAAGGCAGACUCAGCAUAUUAUGGGCAACUGUGUGAAGUCUCCACUGAGAAACCUCUCAAAAAAGGAUAGAGAGCUGCGUCCAGAAGAAAUUGAAGAAUUAAGAGAAGCCUUUAAGGAGUUUGAUAAAGACAAGGAUGGGUUUAUUAACUGCAGGGACCUGGGGAACUGCAUGCGAACCAUGGGCUACAUGCCUACCGAGAUGGAGCUAAUAGAGCUCUCCCAGCAGAUCAACAUGAACCUGGGUGGCCAUGUGGAUUUUGAAGAUUUUGUUGAGCUGAUGGGACCAAAGCUGCUAGCAGAAACAGCAGACAUGAUUGGUGUAAAAGAGCUCCGUGAUGCCUUCAGAGAGUUUGACACCAAUGGUGAUGGGGAGAUCAGUACCAGCGAGCUGCGAGAAGCCAUGAAGAAGCUUCUAGGGCAGCAGGUGGGCCAUCGGGACAUUGAAGAGAUCAUCCGGGACGUGGAUCUGAAUGGAGAUGGGCGGGUUGAUUUUGAAGAGUUUGUUCGCAUGAUGUCCCGUUGAAGGUAAUUCUCAGCUAAAGAAGAAUCAGCACCUUAGAGAGGGCAGAAGAGGACCUAGAUGGAGCAUCUAGCCCCGAUGUUCCCACAUGAAGGUUUAUCGGCUGGCUGCAACUGGGACAUUGCAAGAUGACCUGCUGCUCCUCCCUCCUGGUGGUCCCCAUGCCCCUCCACCCUUUCACACUGUGAAAGACUUGCAACUUCCUACAACUGGAACCAUUCCUUGGAGAUGAUUGCAGGAAACUGCAGAGCCAGGACUUGCCAUGAUGCUUUCAUGGAAUAUUUGCAACUUUAGACUCCUCCUCCCCAGCUUUAUUCUCCCACCAGCUGCUGCAAAGCAAGAGCAGGAGAAAUCCUCUUGGCUUGGUGGAUGAGAGUAAAGCCAUUGGGACUGGUGGCAGCCUCAGGGCGUGCUCUGCACUUCUUGGUUUCCCUUGGUGAACCGUGUCUGUGUUUGCUGUCUGUGUGUGUGUGUCUAUCUGUGUGGAGUUAUUUAUGCUUCCCCAGCACAUAUUUGCAUCUCCUGUUGUUAUGUUUACCAAAAGUAAAUUCAAAUACAUGUCUUG